AGCAUGGACUCCUAUGACGUGGCACGGAGGGCGGAGUUGCAAACGUCGGCUGUGCUUUGGGUCUAGGAGCGCGGGGAGCACGCGCCUGUUGAGGUGGCUUCACAUCUGCAGCAAUGUCCGGUGUCAUAAAAGAAAAUAUUCAGCUUCAGAUGGCAGAACUAGAAAUGCUUUUUUCUAUGUUUCCUAAUAAAGGAGAAAUAACUCUUCAUGAUGAAAACACUCUCAAUAAUGUUCAGAAAUAUUUGAAUAAUACAAGUCAGAAUCCCCCACAGAUGAUUGAAUAUUCAGUUUCCGUUACUAUCGAUGAACCAAAGGUAAAAGUGAAUUUGCAGGUAAUUUUGCCUCAUGACUACCCCCAUGUGACACCACAGCUUUUUGCAAGAUCAGAUGCUCUAAACAGGCAGCAGCAAUUGCAGCUCAACCAGGAUCUCACUUCUUACGUUGCUUCUUUGGAGUCAGGAGAGCUUUGCAUAUGCACAGCUGUUCAGUGGGUGCGAGACAACAGCAUUUCAUAUGUACAAAACAGCAAACUCUACUCUGAAAGCGUUCCAGAUGCAAAAACAUUUAAAACAUUAUUUCGCCGGAUGUGGAUUUACAGUCACCACAUAUAUAGACAAGAACUAAGGAAAAAGAUAUUCGAUUGUGCCAAGAAAUUAAACUUGACUGGUUUCUGUCUAACUGGGAAGCCUGGGAUCAUUUGUGUGGAGGGUAUCAAAGAAAACUGUGAAGAGUUUUGGCAUGAUAUUAGAUAUCCCAACUGGAAACACAUUUCCUGCAAACAUGUUGAGAGUGGAGAGACUCAGGCAAAUGUGGAUGACCUACGACUCUUUCAGACUUUUGAAGAUUUACAGUUUCAAGCCCAUGGUGACUAUGGACUGAGGAAUGACUAUCACAUGGAUCUGGGUCAAUUCCUAGAAUUUCUGAAGGCACAUCAGAGUGAACAUGUAUUUCAGAUUUUGUUUGGUGUUGAAGGCAAAUGUUCGGAAAAUUAACAAAAACAACAAUUAAUAAAAAUUUAAAACAUGCAUCUGCCACGAUGAAACAUGAAUGCAGUUGGUGCAACAAAUAAACAGAGCAUGCACACAGAUUCUGAACAAUGUGUACUUCAUAGUUUUGUUCAGAGUGGCCUCAAAGUGUAUCUGAUGGAAAACUGAUGUGAACUAGUUAGAUCCAGGAUGCAUUUUAACACACAACUUCCCUUCAGCCAAGUUCUCAAGAGUCUCAAGCAAAAAUCAUUCCCAGCAAUAUUGCAUAAACAUAAACAUUUUCAUUAAGCUAUAGUUUUUGAAAACAAAUAUUUUAAUUAUCUUUGUUUUAAUAGUAUAAACUGCCUACAUUAAUGAAGAUACAUGAACUUGUCUUUUCGAGCAUACUUACAGUAGGAUCAUGAAAAGAGGCUUCCUGCUAAAUUUUGCAGUAUCUAAAUCUCAUAUUAGAAGAGAGAGAGUUCAAUGUUUUUGUGGGUGAA